ACAUAUCCGUCAGAGCUGCUUACGUAACUUCAAAACAGUCCAUGGCCCUAGUCUGGGAGACCGAAUCCUGGAUAAUAAGACGGUCUCAUGUACAUAAGUGCAACAAUGCCAUGUUAAAAGAGUUUCCAUUGUCUUUAAGGAAGCAACCAUGCUUGCUGUUAGAGCCACUGCGUGUGUUUGCAGGCAGCUGCUAACGCUGGACCCUGAUUGAAAGCAUGUCAAACAGUAGUGUAAAGCCUAACUUGUCAGGCACCAGCGCCAGUGUCAGUUACCCCGCCAAACCAAACAGCUUCAAUUGCAGGUGCAGCCCCACCAUCACAUCGCUCCUGCUUUGGCUUCCGGAAAGUGUAUACCUACCAAGCUGGGCUUCUUCUUCCUUUGUGAUAUUCUCUGCCAGCUUUCCAUCCGACAACAACUAGAACCUCAGGUUUCCGUCAACAUCAUUGAUCCAGUUCAAUUUCAACUACCUGAUCUGACGACCUCGAGCCCGUUCCCCUCACAUCUCUCUACCCCUCAACCAAUUUUCACCCAAGUCGAAGCCAUGGCGGACCUCGCGAGCCGCAUCUCCAAGCCGGAGGAGGGCGCUGCCCCCCAAGUUGAUGACCCGACCGAGGGUGCCAAUAGCGUUGGCAUCGUCGAGAACGCCUACGACGUCGAGGUCAAACUCGCCGAUCUUCAAAAUGAUGCCGAAAGCCCGCUCUUCUCCGUCCAGUCUUUCGAGCAGCUUGGCCUCCCCAAGGCGAUCAACGAUGGUCUUUUAGCUAUGAACUUCAAGAAGCCAUCCAAGAUCCAAGAGAGAGCUCUCCCCCUCAUGAUCAGCGACCCUCCUACAAAUAUGAUUGCUCAGUCCCAGUCCGGCACCGGCAAGACUGCUGCUUUCGUUCUCACUUGCCUGGCGCGCGUGGACCUCGCCAAGCCGCAACAGCCUCAAGCUCUCCUUCUGGCUCCGAGCAGAGAGCUUGCUCGGCAAAUUCAGGGCGUCGUCCAAACAAUCGGUCAAUUUUGUGAGAACUUGAUCGUGCAGGCCGCCAUCCCCGGCGAAGUCUCGCGUGAGACUGGUGUCAGGGCCAGCAUCGUGGUAGGAACUCCAGGCACCGUCAUGGACCUGAUCAGACGUCGCCAGUUCGAUGUGUCUCAGCUGAAGUUACUCGUCAUUGACGAGGCGGACAACAUGUUGGACCAGCAGGGUCUCGGUGAGCAGUGUGUGCGUGUCAAGACUCUACUUCCCAAGACCAUCCAAAUUCUUCUUUUUUCCGCCACCUUCCCAGACAAUGUCCACCGGUUCGCGCAGCAGUUUGCGCCCAAGGCGAACGAGAUCAAACUCCGACACACGGAGCUGACAGUCAAGGGCAUUUCUCAAAUGUACAUGGAUUGCCCGGACGAGGGCAAGAAGUAUGAUGUGCUUUGCAAGCUCUACGGUCUCAUGACCAUUGGCUCGUCCGUCAUCUUCGUCCGCACUCGUGAGAGUGCCAACGAGAUUCAGCGCCGCAUGGAAGCUGAUGGCCACAAGGUGUCUGCCCUUCACGGUGCCUUCGAGGGCCAGAACCGUGAUGCUCUCCUCGACGACUUCCGCUCCGGUCGUUCCAAGGUUCUCAUCACCACCAACGUCUUGGCUCGUGGCAUUGAUGUGUCCAGCGUGUCCAUGGUCAUCAACUACGACAUUCCGAUGAAGGGCCCCGACGCUGGCAUGCCAGACUACGAGACCUAUCUUCACCGUAUCGGCCGUACUGGUCGUUUUGGUCGUGUUGGCGUCUCUAUUAGUUUUGUCUACGACAGACGAAGCUACGAGGCCCUUUCCGACAUUGCCAAUCACUACGGAAUCGACCUUGUUCAGCUCAGCCCUGACGACUGGGACUUGACUGAGAAGAAGGUGCAGGACGUGAUCAAGUCGAGCCGUGCCCGCCCCGACUACGCUCCUAAUGCCCUUGGGAAUUAGUUCUCCUGUGGGCGGGGCAGUGCUCGGUGGGAUAGGUUGUCCAUGAUGAUGGAGGACUAAUUGUGGAUAUGGGCAGGAAUUUGCAUGACUAUGGAUGAAAAUUUGCACUUUGCGGGUGGGAGUUUUUGAGAAAUUGAGCUUUUCGUGGGCAAUGGGCAUGUAGUUGAGCACGCAGAGAGAUUUGUUAGAUACCAAAGGCGAAUAAGAAGCCGGAACUUUUCACGAUUACUUUUGACUCCUGAUGUUUGGCGCCGCCGGGUCCUGGGAUUUUAUGAUUUCCC